AAGAAAAAGAAAUAAAUACAUGAUGGAAGAAACUACAUUUCCAGAUUAUACAACUGAUUACGAUCCUGUCAUAGUUUCACCAUGCAACAAAGAAGAUGUUAAAAUGUUUGUAACACUUUUUUCAACCAUUUUAAAUUCCUUUAUUUUUAUUUUUGGGAUCAUUGGAAAUUGCCUUGUCCUCUGGAUUUUAAUGACAUAUGAAAGUCUGGAGUCACUUACAAACAUCUUCAUAUUUAACCUGUCAAUCGCGGACCUAAUUUUAACAUCCUGUCUACCAUUUUUUUCUGUGUACCAAAGUCAAGGAUGGGUGUUUGGGGCUAUGGCUUGCAAAAUAUUCAACAUCCUUUUCUCAAUAGGAUUUUACAGCGGACUUAUUUUCUUGACAUUUCUUACAUAUCAUCGUUAUCUUGCAGUUGUAGAUCCACUGUCUGCUUUAAAAGCCAAAAAAACUUUUUUGGGAAUUCUGAUUACUGUGCUAGCCUGGGUAAUAAGCAUAGUUGCUUCAGUCCCUGUAAUGAUUUUCCAGGUACAUAGUACAACUGGUGAUCAUAACAAAUGUGAAUAUGAUCAAGUAUUCCCUGUAUUGUUAAGUCACUAUCAGCAAAAUAUCUCUUUUCUACUUGCCUUCUCUUCCAUCAUAUUCUGCUAUUAUAGGAUUAUAAGCACAUUACAGCAUUCUCGAUCACAAAGGAACCACAAACCAGUUAGACUCAUUCUUUUUAUUGUUCUUGUAUACUUUCUCAGCUGGACACCUUACAAUGUUACUAUCUUGUUACAAUCAUUUCACCAUCAACAGUUUCUUAUGGAUUGUGAAUUGAUUAAACGUAUUGACUAUGCAAAGUAUGUUAGCGAAAAAAUAGCACUUUCACAUUGUUUCCUCAACCCUAUUUUAUAUGCUUUUGUUGGGAUCAAAUUCAGGAGACAUUUGAAGCAUCUUAUAAAACGCUAUUGCCCUUGCAAGCACGAAGAGGUGCAUGGAACUAGAAUUACUUCCCAUGACCAAUAUCUCAAUGGGAUUGAUUCUGUUUACUAA